UCUGACAUAUUGCCGGGGAAUAUUAUACACGAAAAAUUGUUUGGAGGGUUUAUUUUGUUGUUGUUUGUUUGUUUGUCUUUCUUUUUCUCGUAAUAGUGGUUCAGCAAAGAAAAGAUCACUCAUUCUAUCUCCUUUUUAUCAUCUCAUAUAGUUAUCGAAAGUUUAGGGAGCCAAAAUGGAGGUAAGACAUAGCAUGCUUGAGACCUCGUUUGUUUCUUUGUUUGUUUUCUUUCUUUCUUUUUUCUCUCAGGUUGCUUUCACACUUGGUGCUCGAGCACUGGUGCCUGGGCAACGACAAAAACUAGUGCUGCGUUCAGACAUUGGUACUCCAAGUACCCAAGUACCAUUUAGUUCCCGAGUAUAGGGUCGAGACCUUGUACCCAGGCAGGGUAAUGUUUCCGAAUUCUGGUGUGAGUACUUGGUAAAGCGGUGUGUUCACACUAGUGCCCAGCGAGAAUUGUGCUUAAGCACUGUAAUCGGGCACCAAGUGUCAACAAGGCCUUAGUCGCCAAUAGCUUAGCUUAACGUUUUCCGUAACUAAUAUAACAUCCUGAAACCAAUCAGAAGUGUUUUUAAUUUGUCAGUUUCUUUUCAAUCUUUAAGACUUCAGUGUUCCAGAACCCAUAGCCAUGUAUCCAUUGAACGACCAGUAUGCAACAAAGGAAAAAGAUUGUCGACAACCCCAGGGUAACCCUGGUAACAAUGUGUCUCUAGCAGAUGGACCAGAUGGUAAGGCCAAUGGCUCUUAUCAGUUCCACGGAACAGAAGACAGCUACAUUGAAUUUCCCAACAAUGCGGGAACUUUGGACGCCCGACACUCUAUCACAAUGUUAUGUUGGGUUUAUAUCUCAAAGUCCUCAAAUUUUUCAGGUCCUCUCUUCGUUUAUUACAAUAAAACUAAUAGUGAUAAGUUUUUUGGUAUGGCUAUUAGAAACGCCAAGCUGGCCUCGUAUUUCAAAGGAAAGUCCUCACCAGACAUACGAUCAGAAAGACUAGGAUCAAAUCAUUGGCAUUAUGUUGGAGCGUCGUACGAUCAUAAUAAGAAUGAAGUAAGUCUGUGGGUAAAUGGAACAAUAGCCGCGAAAACAAAAUUUGCCAAUGGCAGGCCUCGUGCUACUGGAUAUAGGGCCGUCAGAAUGGGCGCGAUAUUCCUCAAAAGGUGGCAAAAUACCGUCAAAUUUAAGGGGCGAAUUACCGCCAUGCAGGUCUAUAACUUCUCUUUGACUGAACAACAGAUCGAGGCCGUGAAAUACCUUUCAGGUAGAGGUAAGAAUAUAAGUUGUAAAGUUAGUGUAUGUUAACGAACUUAAUUACCACAUUCAAUUGAAACUCAAACUUAUUCUACCUAUUAAUUUUAAAAGCCAA